AUGAGCUCGACUUAUCCGCAUUCUUACCAAAAUGCGAAGAAGUCCGAGUUCCUGUAUCUGAAGCAAGGAUCAAUGUCAAUGUUAGAGUAUGAGCACAAAUUCAAUGAAUUAUCCAGAUUUGCACCUGAGCUGGUAACUACUAAGGAAGACAAGUGUAAACGCUUUGAAGAGGGUCUAUGGUUGGAUAUUCAGGCGGUGGUCACUGCCACCACAUAUCCUACUAUGAGGGCUUUGGCCCAAGCAGCUGAUAGAGUGGCCAAGAAGUACAGUAUAUGUGCAGGUAUUGGUAGGCAUUGCAGGGACGCAUAA